GAUGUUGAAGGUAUGAAAAUUUUCCGGGUAGAAUUUAAAUUACUUUUUGUCGUGAAUAUUCUGUCAAACAAAAAAGCAAUUUUUUUUUAAAAAAAGUAGCCUUUCGGUGUCGAAUGUGUGUGUGCGGUCAGUCGGUAUAAGAAAUGAAAUUUGUGUGAAGGAAACCGUAAAUGUCAUUAAUUUAAAGUGAUUGAAUCAGCUCGUGUUUAAUAACUGUGGAGAGUUGCCAGACCUGUGUUCAGGAAAACUGGCGAACUUAUAGUUGGAAGUAGGACUUGGCCGCGGAAGUAUACCAAGUGUUGUGGUGGUCCAUCGAAAAUACAGUACUUUCGAAUAUGAAACCCGCUUUGCGGUUAGGAAUAUUUACGCUCGCAGUGUAACCUUCAGCUGUCAGCAGCAAGUGACAGAAGUGCAAGUAUAAAUAUACUGCUAGUCAAUUUCGUUGGACGCCCGAAACUUAUUUGUAAAUAAAACGAAUGACAGCGCUGCGCGUCGAUGUACUCACCAGGCCCGGCAUCAGAGUGCACAAGUGGUUUUUAGUAGUGUGUAUCAUGUUAAGCGUAUUCUAACCGCAUUGAUUGCCCUCCUGUGCGUGGAACUGUUUGCACUCGAGAAAACUGUACCGAAGUUGAGAGGAUCAAACAUGACAGAUCCCUUUUUGCUUGAAAGCUAUUUCUACAAUAAAAACUUGUUGCAGAAGGACAGAAAUCAGUUGAUGUUUGAGGAUAAAUGGCCAUCUAUGAGGCCAAUUAUUCUCAAACUCCUUCAACAGGAACCUGUUACACAAAAUGAGUGGCAAGAUCUAUUCUAUUCUGUUCAUUUGGUGUGCUUGUGGGAUGAAAAAGGGCCACCUAAGGUUAAGGAUGCACUUAAGGAUGACAUUAUGGAUUUCAUCAAACAGGCGCAACAGAGAGUACUGGCACACCAGGAGGAUCAGGCCCUGUUGAAAGCAUAUAUUGCUGAGUGGAGGAAGUUUUUCACACAAUGCAAUUAUUUACCAACUCCCUUCAGACAACUUGAGACUGCUUUAGCUGGAAAGGCAAGUUCAUCAGGCCAAAAAAAGUCAACAGCAGAUGAGAGUAUUGUGAGGAAGUUAAUGCUGGACAGUUGGAACCAGAGCAUAUUCUGUGACAUUAAACAACGUCUUCAGGAUUCUGCCAUGAAAUUAGUGCAUGCAGAACGAAAUGGAGAAGCUUUUGAUUCCCAGCUUGUUAUUGGCGUUCGAGAAUCGUAUGUUAAUCUCUGUUCGAAUCCUGAGGAUAAACUCCAAAUAUACCGAGAAAAUUUCGAAAAGGCCUACAUUGAAGCAACAGAGGCAUUUUAUCGAAUGAAAGCGCCUCAGUACCUCCAGGCAAAUGGUGUUCAAAAUUAUAUGAGGUAUGCUGAUGCAAAACUGAGGGAGGAACAGCACAGGGCGCAGAAGUACCUAGAGCCAUGCAGUGGAUCAGUGCAAGUACUGACAGAUUGCUGUGUGAAAGUUUUGGUGUCCACGUUCAAAACCACAAUACUUGCUGAAUGUGCUGGAAUGAUCAAGGCAAAUGAAACUGAAAAGCUGCGGCUGAUGUUUAAGCUUAUGGAUCGUGUUCCCGACGGAAUAGCAUCAAUGUUAAAAGAUCUUGAGGAUCACAUUAUGAGUGCUGGAUUAGCUGACAUGGUUGCUGCUGCUGAUAUAAUUACACAGGAUUCGGAAAAAUAUGUUGAAAGGCUUCUUGAACUCUUUCACCAGUUCAGCGUUUUAGUUUCUGAUGCUUUUAAUGAUGAUCCAAGGUUUCUGACAUCUCGGGAUAAAGCAUAUAGGCAUGUUGUUAAUGAUACUCAGGUGUUCAGGCUAGAACUGCCAUCAAAACAGAGUGCAGGCCUCAAGUCCCAGCCAGAAUCAAAGUGUCCUGAACUUCUAGCAAAUUAUUGUGACAUGUUAUUGAGGAAAACACCUUUGAGCAAAAAGCUGACAUCUGAUGAGAUCGAGAAUAAGCUGCGGGAUGUGUUGCUAGUACUAAAAUACGUUCAGAACAAAGACGUAUUCAUGAGAUACCACAAAGCACAUCUCACAAGACGUUUAAUAUUAGAUACAUCAGCAGACUCUGAAAAAGAAGAAAAUAUGGUGGAAUGGCUUCGAGAAGUUGGAAUGCCUGCAGAUUAUGUAAACAAAUUAGCGAGAAUGUUUCAAGACAUAAAAGUCAGUGAAGAUUUAAAUCAACAAUUUAAGGAACAGUACAGGAAUACUAGAGGUAGCAUAGCAGACUCGAUCAACAUCAAGAUCUUGAAUGCUGGGGCUUGGGCACGUGGAAGUGAACGUGUAACUGUGUCACUGCCUCUGGAGCUAGAAGACUACAUUCCGGAAGUAGAAGAUUUCUACAAAAAGAAACACAGUGGGAGGAAACUGCAAUGGUACCAUCAUAUGUCUAAUGGGACGAUAACAUUUGCAAAUAAUGUUGGAAGAUAUGAUGUAGAUGUCACCACUUUCCAAAUGGCAGUUCUUUUUGCAUGGAAUCAGCGCCCAUACGAUAAAAUACCAUACGAAAAUUUAAGGCUGGCCACAGAGUUACCUGAUCCAGAGCUUAGAAGAACAUUGUGGUCUCUUGUCGCAUUCCCAAAGCUUAGAAGGCAAGUUCUGUCAUACGAACCAGAAGUGCAGUCACCAAAGGACUUCGAGGAAAACACCAUGUUCUGGGUUAAUCAAGAAUUUGCUCUGGUGAAGAAUGGAAAGCUUCAGAAACGGGGGAAAAUCAACCUCGUUGGACGGCUGCAGCUUUCCACUGAGAGGAGCAAGGAGGAAGAUAAUGAAAGUAUAGUGCAGCUGAGAAUACUUCGUGUACAGGAGGCUGUUAUCAAAAUUCUGAAAAUGCGUAAACGAAUUACAAAUGUCCAACUUCAAACAGAACUUGUAGAUAUCUUGAAGAAUAUGUUUCUACCCAGCAAGAAGAUGAUCAAAGAGCAAAUAGAAUGGCUUAUCGAACACAAAUAUAUGAGAAGAGAUGAAGACGAUAUUAACACAUUCAUAUACAUGGCAUGAAAGAAAAUGUAAUGUUUGAUGCCAUUGAAGUAUUUGUCUGCAAAGUGGAGGAAUUUCAACAGAAGAGGAAGUUUCUUCAUCCGGAUUCCUAAGAAAUGUGUGUCGAGCAACUCAGAAGUAUGGUUUGUGUUAUCAAGCACUUUUUGUUAGUGGCACAUUUGUAAAAGUGGGACUUGUGCAGAUACAAAAGCACAUGGCAGCAUUUUGUUGCAGAACUGUAUUUUCACCAGAUGGUUUCAAAUCCAAGUGCCUUUCAUGUUUAUCAUUGACAACUCUCAAAUGUACCUCGUAAGUUAUCACUUCUUGGAAGAACUGCUUAUCCAUUGCAUGAGAUCACUCACUAGCAAACAAUUUGCACUGUUCUAACAUGUCAACAAGUGCUAAUCAGAUAGGAAACGAGAGUGUUAUGUAAGAUACAAUAUGCAAAAAGUUGUUUAGCUACCGCAGAUGAAAUGGAAAGCUGCUUCCAGAAUAAUUCUUACCAACAAUUUUACUAACAGUCAGGUGCAGUUAAACAUAAUGCAUGUUGUAAAGUAAUUUUUUUCCUUGGAAAUCUUGCACACUGAGCUAUCAGUACUGAUCCAAAGGAUGUAAUUAUGAAAUAGCUGAAAAAAUUGUACAUUUCAGUUUUGUGAACAAUAGAUUAGUUAAUUCUUAGCAGGUAUAUUUUAUUGUUGUCUUGAUGGUCUCAAAGUAUCAAUUUAUUGGUGGUAAUGUAAAAUAUGAUAGAUCAAACUGACUGUAAAAAGUAUUUGGUAAAGGCUUCAGAGGUUAUCUACAGAUCUAAGCUAUUGUAAACGAUGAUUUUCUCAGGAAAUUUUCAGUGAAUGCUUUUCAACCUUCCAAAUUACAAUUGUCUUCUGUAAACCAAAUGGUGGAAGGCGAAAUACCUCAUGGAUGUGACUUACAUGUGUGUGCAUUUUAAAAAUGAUUGUGAAUGUGGGAGAUAAAUUUUCCCAUAGCUCACAAAACUGCCACACGCCUCACAACACUCUAGUUCCUUCACCACUCACAUUUAUUUUUGAUCCUAAUGUGUUUUCAUUUCAGUAUCAAUAAUAGUAAUAGAUGUACCAGACUAAGGGUCGCACUGAAAAAGUAAUCCAGGUUCUUGCAAAGUUUAACACAAUUAGCCACAGUUGUCACUCAAAAGUACGGGGUGAUUAUAAUUAAAGUUGAACUUUCAAACCGCUGUAGAAAUAACACCACUCGUCAGAAUGACGUCAAAUUGCUAUGGAAUUUUACUGGAGAAGGGGGUAAAACGUAUGGCAGAAGAAAGAUAAAUAGUUACAAAAUGUAGCAAUAGAUGGCGCUGUAAGCAUCAUAUUUUAAUACUGGUCGACUACAAAUGACAAAUGAAUCGUACAACAAUGCCUAAGGUGUACAUUUGACGUUAAACAAACUGUAGUACUCAGCGUGCUUGGGUGCACAGGUGUAAUACUGUUAGUUACGUAAGCCCAUCCACCACAGCAAGGUCAUAUCACACUGGAUGGAAAAAAUCUUUUUUUAAUUGUCCGGAGCCCAAAAACAAGCUUGAAUCAAAACCAAAUCAGAUUAUUAAUUUCCGUGUGACUGGCACAAAACAUGUUCAGUAUUUUGUUCAGUUUUCUACAACAAGUUGAAAUCAAGCCGGCCGCGGUGGUCUAGCGGUUCUAGGCGCUCAGUCCGGAGCCGAGCGACUGCUAUGGUCGCAGGUUCGAAUCCUGCCUCGGGCAUGGAUGUGUGUGAUGUCCUUAGGUUAGUUAGGUUUAAGUAAUUCUAAGUUCUAGGGGACUGAUGACCAUAGUGCUCAGAGCCAUUUGAACCUAUUUUUUUGAAAUCAAGAAAUAGCAUGUUCCACAACUGAUCAAAGCGUUUCCAGUGACACGUUCAGAAUGUGUUGCGCAAUGCGUGCCUUCAAUGCAGCUAAGUUUGCAAUCAGAACACUGAACACAUCUUUCGUAUAGCCCUACAGCCAGAAGUCACGUGGAUUAAGAUCAGGUGAUCGGGACCGCGAGGCUGUAGGGAAAUAGCGGCUGAUAAUUCUAGCAUUUCGAAAUGGCGCUUCAGCAACUGCUCAGUUGAAUCAUGCAUAAAAAUGAUCCCAUCCGCACAUCCACACUGUUGGGGAGCUGGAAUGAUGUGGUUGCACAAAAGACACUCAUAGCAUUUACCAGUGACAGUACAGUUAACAGGAUCAGAAGCACCUGUCUCUUCAAAAAAAUAUGGCCCUAUGAUAAAUGAUGCUGUAAACUCGGAUCACACAGUGACCUUUUCAGGAUGAAGUGGUACUGGUUGAUUUGUGUAUGGAUUUUCUAUUGCCCAUAUUCAACAAUUCUGUGUAUUGACAUAUCCUGUCAGAUGGAAGUGGGGCUUCAUCUGUCCACAAAAUCUUCUGCAGCUAAUCAUUGUCCACUUUCAUGUGAGCAAGAAAUUCUAAAGCAGAGGUCUCAUGCUGGCAGGUCAACAGGAAGCAAGUGGUGAUGGGUAAUUUUGAAUGGGUAACAAAGAAGGAUGUUUUGCAGGAUUUUACACACCGUGCUCACGGGUGUGUCCAGUGUUCGGGCAAUUCUCUGUGCACUACACGUUUGCAUACCACCACUCGUCUCCUCCUGCAUUGCUGUGGCCGCUGAUGUUGAAUCAAUUCGUUUCCUCCCUCUGGUUACGCACCAAAGGUACCUGUCUUUUCGAAUUUCUGAAUCAUUUUUUCCAGACCCAUGGCAGUCAUUGGCCAAUGCCUUUUAUCAAAUCCUUCAGUGGCCAGAACUUCUGCAGAGCGAUGUAUGCACAGUCAUCAUUCUUGUAAUACAGCUUUAGAAGCAGAGCAUGAUCCUGCAUUGAGACAGUCAUGGUAAAUGUCGCAGACGCGAAAGGAGGAAAAGCCAUGUACCUUGUGAGUUUGUCAACUUCAAUGGGUCAUGCGCAUGACAUGAUUUUUCAUUUACAUAUUCUGACAUACAGUGCCAUCUAUUGAUCAAUUUUCACACUUUUUUUUUCUUCUGCUAUACGUUUCCCCCUUUUAUGAUAAUAUUCCAUUGCAAUUUGAUGUCAUUCUGACCAGUGGUAUUAUUUCUACAGCAUUUUGAAAGUUUAACUUCAAUUAUAAUCACUGUCUAUCUUUCUGAUGGAAGAAUUUAUGUAAAUGAAAGUCUUGGGAAAAAAGAAAUGAGAAGAAAUAGGGUCUUUCUAGGCCCAGGUGUAAAUAUUUUAUUUGUCAGUACUGACAGAUAUGCUGUGUGUGACUGAAGUAGUGUAUAGAAAACAAUGUCAGUGAAAUCUAUGGCAAUAAUUAAAGAGAGGGUACAGUUUUCAGGGUAGUGGGUUACAGUAAAUGCACUGUUUGUUGGGGCUUUUCUACUUCAUUGUGAGCAACAGUCACAUUUAACCUGAUUGUAGUUACAUCUGACUUUCUACAUGUUCAAUAAUAAACAGGCUUAUAUGUUUUGAAACUCAUAAAACUAACAAUUUUCUUGUUGCAUAGUUACAGUUUCAAUUGUUUACUUGUUAGUAUAUGCUUGCACUUUUGUCAAAACUGUACCCUUAUUUGUAGGUUGGGAGAUCAUAGGACUGAAAUGAUGACCAUCAAAACGUGUGGUCAUCAUCCCUCUGUAACAAAAAAAAAAAAAAACUUAUUGUAAAAAAUGGGAGCCUCUCCGUUCUGUCUGUCUAACACCCUUUCUUUAAUGAGUGAAUCAUUUAACGAGUGAAGACUAUAAAAUUUGAAUACAUAUAUCAUUGCAAAUGGCUCACAGAUUCUGUAAGCUACCAGAUGCAGUAGGACAGAUUAGAUAUUUCCAGUCUGUUGCAAAUACCAAACAGAAGGCCUCAGGUCUUGGUCAUUAAGCUAUUUCCUUUGUGUUUCAUGUAUGACUGACUUGCAAAAUUUGUAUGUUUACUUAAAGAAAUAAGGAUGCUGGUACUAAAAUCACCAGUAGUUCCUAUAAUGGUCGUAGGAAAAUAUUCAAAAACAGUAUAUCUGUCAGGCAUUGCUAUUAGAACUGAAACAUGGAGAAAAAAUGCACAUGUUUGACAGAACUGUUGACCUGAAAGAGUAUUAUUGUUCACCUACGUUAUCAAAUACUCCAAAGUUUACUAAAAAUACUACUGUUACAACAUUGUCAGGCAAUUCCAUGACAGCAUAAACUUCUUUGCAGAAUGAAAGAUUCAUUCUGGAAAUUGAGUAUAUUUUUUUGAAAACUCUCACCACAGAGGAAUAGAAAAAGUUCCACAUGCUUUGCACUCCCCCAUACUUGACUUCUUGAUCCCUGUUUUGUCUUUAAUAUGUUUCCUCUAUAACCUCACACUCUGCUGUGAUAUAUUGUCCAACACCCAGUUCUAUCACAAUAGUUACACUAAAAAAGUAAAGGGUCUUGUUAUGUGUAUCACACAUGUAUAGUAGUGUACCAGCUGACCUUGUGCAAGAGCUUUGGUCUAAAGCAAAUAUGGAAUUUGUGUCCUAACUUUGAGAGACUUUGGUGCCAGUUAUGUUUAUUUAAUGUUUAUUUUAUAUAAAUAAAUGUUGUUUGUUUUGCAUAUUGUAAAUUAGCCAAAUCUGGAGAUCAUCAUACCACACUCAUUGGAAGCGAAGUGACAGCUAAAGAUGAAAUUUACUGUGAAAUAGAUGUAAACAAAAUUUAACAAUGAUUGAGGACUGAUAUAUUUGGGAGCUGUAUAUAACAUUUUGUACGAGUAAAAUAGAGUUGACAAAAGUGCCUCACAGCACAAAAAUACCAAACUGUAGUAGCAGGUUAUUCUUUUAGAACACUUACAUAAAAGUACAGUGGAAAAAAAAGCUAAAUUUAAACUAAAUACUGUAAAUUAAUGUCAGAAAAUGUGACUGUAAUGGAGAGGAAAAACAAAAUUCUACUUGAAAAUGGAGGAGCUAAUAUGUGUAAAAUAGAAGAAGAAAAACUACAGGUCAAAUUUUGCUCCUUUGACAUUGUGAAACAAAAAAGGUGAUAGAAUUAUGAAUUUCUGGUUAAAAAAAAAAUUCUACUGUUACUUGACGCAUUUGGUGUGGGUGCCUAGGAGAAACCUAAACAAAAAAAAAAGCUAAAUGUCAGGAGAAGUUAGGGUGUGAUCAAUUGAAGAAUGGCUUUGCACUGUUUAUUUCAGGUGCUGUCUGAAGGCAUCUUGUGGUAACUUUGAAAAACAAAUAUAAAAUAUAUGGAACAUUAGUUGAAUUAAUCUCCCUCAAAAUGAGAGUAGACAUGUGCAAAAAGUUGCAUAGGGAGUCUCCCUUUCUUAGACAGUGGGAACAUGAAAAAUGAAGACUCGUACUUUUGAUUAGCUUAUAUCCUGUGACUACAUGACUCUGUGAUAGUGAAUCAGUGUGUUGUUCAUUUGUGACUUAAUUUGUGAACUCAGUGAGAAAUACAUACAUGAAAAUGUGUAAAAACAGACAUAAUUAUAAAGAGCUGUGGUUGUAUGAAUGAAGUGGAGACAGGGUGUUGCUGCUCCUUGAUCUUAACCCUUUCUGCUCCUUCGUUGCACUCAUCCCAAUAUUUCAUGGGUGUUGUGAAUCUCUCAUGAACUUGAAUUAUGACUGUUUGUGCUUGUAUUCAUAAGUAUGGAAGUACUGUACCAAAUAGUGGCCAAUGAAUACAUCAAUAGGGGUCAUAAUGUAAUAAAAUCAUCUUGCUUUAUUGACUGCGUCAGUGUGCAGGUUGUUUGCAACUUAAGUCGAUGUGUCACUGUGUAGUAACUGUGUGUCAAUGUGCAAAUAAUUCAUUUCUUUUUCCACUACCAAUCCUUAUGCAUAAUAUUCAAAUCUGAAAUGCAACUCUGUAACAUUUAACCUGAAGACUCUGUGUUACCCAGAGAAUCUUCACGUCUUUAUUGCGAGCAUGGCUUUUUUAUAUUGCCAUUCCUACGUGAACAUAAUUCAUUCUCAACUGUCUUUCCUUUGUCCAAAAGUGUCACUGUAGUAGCUGGUCACUUCAUCAGAGUUUUUUCCACAUGUUUAAGGCAAAAUUUCAGAAGUUUCUGAUUGCUUGACAUCAGGUGCUAUUACAUUAUAUAAUUUUUUGGGUAAUUUAAUAUUAUUUUGUGUUUUUAAUGUGAGAUUUAAGAUGCAUUUGCAAAGAACCAUUUGUUGUGCUGUGGCUUCCUGCCACACAUUUGCAGUCAUUAAAUACUUGUGUUAAAUGUUAAUAGUUACCAAAAAUACUUUUAAAAUAUUGUGUGAAAGUAGUGGUAUCAGGUGUCUGCCAUUGUCGUAAAUAUCAAUCACAUGCACUGAAAUUUGUAUUUGUGGUAUCCUGGCUUCGGCUUUAAAAGAAGUCACUAUAUAUUUGAAAAAUAUGCAACGGAUGAAAUUUUUGGGUACUACUCAGAAAUUUUGUUUUGGUUUGUUUCGUGAUGGAUGUUCUACAUUAUCUCGAUUUAGAUACUGUGUAUGUGUGAAUAAGAAUAUCUUUACAAAGAACAAUGAGUCUCAUCAGACAAUGUUCCAUGUUUGUCAUUUGGAAAGUGAGCACUAUGUGAGUGUUUGCAUGUAUUGAUUUGUUAUUUAAUAAAGAAUAUGUGUAAACAUUA